GUGCAGUAACCGUUAUCAUUGUCGAACUUGACGGAUUACAUUUGUUAUUUCUACGAUCUGAUGCAUUGCUUUGGCAUUAUACGUACGGUAUACAAACUGGAAGAAAAACGUAUAAACAGUUUGUAGAAUUUUGGCAAGACAGAAUUAAAUCUUUUACGUGCUUUGUAUUGAGAUGGAGGAAACAUGCUGUGGGUAGGAAGCAAUGGGUUCACAAACGCUGGAGAUAUUACGCCAGGGUGUCUGGGCAAGUCUUACUGGAGGCUGGUUUUACGAUCCUCGCCUAGAUGUCUUUUCAAACACGUUUCACCUGUACAUAUGGUUAUUCCUACUGUGCUUGCCAUUUACUAUUUAUUUGUAUUUUCCACCAGACUUGUACGUUUGGAUAGCGUACUGCUCGACCAUCAUCGUUCUUUUCGGAACCAUCAAAAUUAUUAACAAUACGCUUCACUCUGUGUAUGAUACGACCGAGUAUUUAGAAGAACCAACCCAAAAUGUUAGUCAACAGAAACCGGAAAGUGAGAAAAAGAGGGAUUCUCGCCUUAAAAGGAGGGAUCAAUCACAGGAACAAGACUUUUUGGGUAUUGAACUUCAAGUUUUAAAUGGAAAAACGGAUACUCCUCCCGUAGAAUGCUCAUCUCGUAAUUCAUACAUAGAGCAGAAUGCACCAAACGCGGAUGCUGACAGUAUAACAUCAGAUUAUACAAGAGAUAAGCCAAAUUCUACGAUUGAUUUGAAGGUUGAGAUACAUCGAAAAAAUAGUUCCGAAAGUUCAGAGGAGGCGACGCAUUUGAAUAAAUCCGCCGCUACGAGUAAACGAGUAACAAAUGUACACAAAGCCGAAAUGGUCUCGAAACAGGAUAACGAUCCUGAUUUUAGAGCCAAGACAAACGGUAAGAUAAUUCGUUUUUUCAUAUUGUAAGCAGCAUAUUAAUGGAAAUUUUAAUCUAUAUAAAAAAAUACCGGUUUUUGUUUUUUAGUUAAAAGAAAUCUAUCGACGUCGCGAAAGUUUUGUAGAUAUGCAUCCGAGGAUGCAUCUACAGCGCGUAAUCGUUACCCAAAAUCAAAUAUGGGUAAAACGGGCUCAGAGAGUCAAAUUAAACAAACAAGUUCGAUGGAAUUGGAACAACCAGAUGAUUAUGAGUAUUGGAAGUACAAUCAAAGCGUUCGAAGGCUUAAUUCUACUUCAAUACCAAUGGAGAUGCUCAAUGAUCAUCCUCAGAGUCUUGAAAUCAUUUCAAUAAUGACAAAAAAGGAUGACGCUGAAAAAGAUAAUAUUCCAUCGCAUCCCCAAUCGCUCGAAGUCAUAUCACAAAUGCCACAUCAGUCAUUGGUACAUCCACAAAGUCUCGAGAUCAUUAGGGCGCCAAGUAAAAUGACAAAUCCUACAGAUGACAAUAAUCUUCCUUUAUACCCUCAGAGUUUAGAAAUGAUUAAUUCUAAAAAGACUUUACCGCAAAAUACGUUGAAGCGAAAUAAACUUCAAUUGCUGCCAUAUCUCAGCUGUGGCUCAGAAAUUGUACAUCCAAUAGCUGAGCAAAGCGACGAACAAAUUCCUAGUGAUAAUACUGGACGUUACAAUCAAGAUUCUCAACCUCAGGAUUCUCUUAGCCCAUUGUUAACACACGAAGAAGAGGAAAGAUAUUUAAGAUAUAUUGUAGAUACUACCGUGGACAAUGACUCAGCCAAUUCACGAGACGCUUUGUUAGAAGCUGAGACAAAGCCUUCGGGAAGCAAUAGUAAUCGGCGUUUUAGUAAUACUAGUCAGAGUAGUUGGGAUUUAUCGGAUGGCGAAAGACGCAAAGAAAAACGUAGAGACAGAUCGAAACAUCAACAACAGCAGCAAACGUCUUCUCAAGCUGAUGAUCAAACAGCAAAUUCAGGCAGUAUUGUUGGUAUCGAUUGGUUAUUUGAAAAUGGAGAAGGUGAACCAUGGACUAACAAAAUUAUGUGGACUUCACAGAAAUCUGACGACACCGAUGCGUCAGAUAGUAUACAAACCGCUAGUACUGAUUAUUUACCAAGUAAAGAUCCAGAUUCAGGUUCAUCGAGCACAACGACCCUUAGUAUAGAAAAUGAAGUGAAGCGCAAGCUGUUACCUCAACAAGAGCAUUCAUCCCAAACUACAGAUGUCGACAGUAAGCGUCAACAGGGUGCGAUACCGAAACAAAAUAAAUCCAAAUUAAACGUUCCUGUUAGUCCUGUUGAUGAGACUUGUAGUAUUACGGAAUCCAAGAAGCAAAAUUCAGAAGAUUUAAUUAGAAAUGUACCUACCAAAAGAAGAGGUCGAGCUCAAAACCGCGACCGUAGGAAUCGAUGGCUUACUUCUCUUCAUGCAGCUAAUGCUUCAAAUGCUCAGAAUAUUUCUAAUACUCCUAAUAUGUCAACUUCGCUUGUUCCUUUAGGUUCAACAAACAGAAACCAUGAGAAUCGAUCGGGCAGUACAAGCGUAAUGGUUUACCGACCGUUGACGUCUGGAUCAAAUCAAGAUAUCGACGGAUUACUGCAACCAUCACCAGCGGCAGUACCACUUUUAGCAGCUAUAAUGAGCCAUUCUAAUUACACACAGAGGAUAUCUGGUGCUGUAGCUUUGCCUGAGCCUCAUCACCAUCAUCACCACCAUCAUCAUCAUCACCAUCAUACGCAGCAGCAGCAGCAACAGCAGCAGCAGCAGCAGCAGCAACAGCAACAGCAAGAGCAGCAUCAAAAUCAAAAUCAACAUCAGUUUCAACAUUCACAAAUUCGUUUACAGCAGCAACAAAUACAAGCUAGAGAGGAUUUAAAGGCAGCACAUUUAAACGAAGUUCGAGGAUCUCGAUCUCAAAGAUAUAAACGUUUACAUAGAGCAAAUAGAGCCAGACGUAACCGACCUCGAAGUGGUCAACAGCAAACGCAACCAUCACAAGCGCCUCAACAACAGGAAGAAGAAUACAUUACUUUAUCACACUUUUUUCAUCAUCAUUGGCCGCCUAUACCACCCGAUACAUCAGAAGAAUCAGCUAUACGUUAUUUUUGCAAUGAAAGAGGGCAAUGGCUCGCCUAUACAAUCGAUGAUAACUCACAAUCUGCUGCUUGUGGUCCUGCCUCACUGACCACUUGUGAAUUACCCGUUGGAGCACGAGUUUUGACUUCUGAGCAAAACGAUCAGCUCGUAAAUCGAAUGUUAAAUCUCAACCAGAAUCUCAACCGGAAUGCUUAUUAUGAUGGUAAUUACGAGCUAUCUGAGAUUCCUGAUCUAUCCAAAAACAGUUAUAGCAGUUUGUCGUUGAAUUCGGCUGGUCUUACUGUAAUAAUCGAUACGCCGUCAACGGAGUCACCUCCUGCUUUGACCUCACCUAUUCACAGUGUAACGAACAUAACUUCGAACAAUUCAGGAAGCAGUCAUAGUAACGCUGUUAGUAGUACAACAGCUUCCAAAUUACCGGGUUCUGCGAAUCAAUCAAUGCUUCUUAAUGCACCAAAUGGAAGAGGUUCGCCUUACCGCACUAUAACGGAUUCUUUAACGGAUCGUAAUCGUAGGUUGCAAAACAUAUUGGGUAAUUUAGAUGCAGCUCAUCCAGGUAGCAGCAGUACUAACGUUGAUACAGUUGGAAGUCUUUUGCAGCCAGCGAACAAUCAGCAGCCUAACACAACGUCGGAAAAUCUGUCGUGGAAUCGUUUUGUCACGGAGUUUAUAGGUUUUGAAGAGGGUACUCAGCCAAAACCCAAACCAGCUCGUCAUUAUUAUAAAUGGAAAGUUUGGAAACUCCCUGAGAUAAGGGUUCAUUUCGAUCGACUUUCACUUGUGGCAUUGCUUGAUCGCAACCUCACUAUUUUUGAGUCCAUCAUAGCCACACUUCUUGCUGUUAUGGUGGCUGGAUUGGCGCUGGUUAUUCUGCAAAGAGGCUUUUACAAAGAUAUUUUUGCCUUCAUAUUUUGCUUCGUUACGGCGGGUUGUCAAUAUUCCUUGUUGAAAAGUGUUCAGCCUGAUGCAGCAUCGCCUACCCAUGGCUUUAACAGAAUCGUUGUGUUUUCAAGGCCUGUAUACUAUAUAAUAUGUACAAGUAUAGUUCUGAUUCUCGAAUCAUCCAUAAAAAAUUUUGAAGGCUCAGAUUUUAGAGUCUACGGAAUGCAGAUGCUUAAUUAUGAUGUCUUGUUGCAAUCACGUGACGUAAUGCUUGUUUUUUUGCUAUGUUUCCCACUUAUAUUUUCAUUUGGGCUCUUUCCACAAAUAAAUACAUUUGUUAUGUAUCUUUGUGAGCAUAUCGAUAUACACAUUUUUGGUGGCAAUGCCACAACAAGUCUCGUUUCCUCCAUAUAUUGCCUUUUUAGAAGUGUUUUAACCGUGAUGACAUUGUAUGGUUUCGCUUAUGGAGCUCUUAUGGAACCAAAAUCUUCCCAACACAUACUAUUUUCCAUAUUCUGUGGACUCCUUGUGGCCGUUUCAUAUCAUCUUAGCAGAUCUUCAUCAGAUCCGAGCGUGAUAUUUGAUAUUAUCAAAACGAAUCUCUGGCCACCAGACGUUUAUCUCGAAGAGAGACAAUCACAAAUUAUAGAAAAUGCAUCUACACGACAAGAAGCGACUGCAGAAUCAAGUAAACUAUCAAAAUCAAAAUCUGUAGCCAAAAAGAAAGAUGUCAAAAUCAAUAUGGGCGAACAAUCGUCGGAUUCGGAACUAUUUGAUCCUCUACCGCAGAAGUUACGUGCAACGGUCAAGGCUAGAUUGAAAAAUGAUCUCAUCGUUUGUACGGUGAUAGGCAUUUUAUCAUUUGCGAUUCAUGCAUCCACGGUGUUUACCGCGUUGCAACCUGAAAUCAAUCCUGUGCUGUGGUUUUUUACCGGAUUUUUGGGAUUAUUAUUGCAUUAUAUCAUGCCGCAAAUGAGAAAACAACUGCCAUGGCUGUGCUUGUCAAAACCUGUUUUAAGAAAUCAUGAAUUCUCACAAUUUGAAGUGCGUGAACCAGUGAAAAUCAUGUGGUUUGAAAAGAUAUACGUUUACUUAAAUUUCUUCGAACGCAACAUUCUCUAUCCAGUUGUGUUUUUGGGAGCUUUAACAGAGUCGUCAACAAAAAUUUCCACAAAAUUUGGACCAAGCCUGGGUGCUUUAAUAAUUGUCAUCUGCGGCUUGAAGGCUUUGCGUUCCUCUUAUUCAGAUUCGUCGUCGCGUUACUUAGUGCUGGUAUUUUCCGCACUACUUUUUCGCUACGAUUUGCAAGAAGAAUACAGCGAAACGUUUCUUAUCGACUACUUCAUCACAGCUAUAAUUUUUUCCAAGAUGUACGAAUUACUGCUGAAAAUACGAUUCAUUGUCACCUACAUUGCACCUUGGCAGAUUACCUGGGGAAGUGCCUUCCAUGCGUUUGCUCAACCUUUUUCAGUACCACAUUCGGCUAUGUUGUUUUUACAAGCUGGCAUAUCAGCUCUGUUAAGUACUCCUUUGAAUCCGGUCCUUGGUAGCGCUAUUUUUAUUAGCAGCUACGUGCGACCUGUAAAAUUUUGGGAAAGAGAUUACAAAACGAGGCGGGUUGAUCACUCAAAUACAAGAAUGGCCCAGCAUCUGGAGCGAAAUCUCGGAGCGGAUGACAAUAAUCUUAAUUCAAUAUUUUAUGAACAGUUGACCCGAUCGUUACAGCACAGCCUUUACGGCGAUUUAGCACUCGGUCGUUGGGGUAGCGUAGAACAGGGUGACUGCUUCCUACUGGCUUCCGAUUAUCUCAACUGCCUAGUACAUAUUGUCCAGCUCGGUAAUGGUUUAGCAACCUAUCAAUUAAGGGGGCUAGAAUUCCGAGGAACUUACUGCCAGCAGAGAGAGGUCGAGGCCAUAUCGGAAGGUAUAGAAGAUAAUGAUAACUGCUGUUGUUGCGAGAUGGGUCAUUUUUCUCAUGUAUUGAGUGUCAAUGCUGCUUUUAGUCAACGAUGGCUUGCAUGGGAAGUUGCAUCUUCGAAGUACGUUUUAGAAGGAUAUUCCAUUUCUGAUAAUUCAGCUGGAUCGAUGCUGCAAGUUUUCGAUUUUAGAAAAGUUCUUGUUUCUUAUUACGUCAAGAGUAUCAUAUUUUAUGCUAUCAAAUCUCCGAAACUCAAACAGUGGCUAGCUGACCCAGAAAUUGUUGACCCACUCAAGCCAACCCUUGAGAAGUCAUUCGUGGAUCUUGACCCCGUAUUCAACAUGAACAUAGAUGAAGAUUUUGAUUACAGAGCAAGUGGUAUUACAAGAAGUAGUUUUUGUAACAUUUAUCUUGACUGGAUUCAGUUUUGUGCUAAUGAACAAGACAAAGUUCUUGAAAAAUCUCGAGAUUCGAGUCUGGUGUCACUCUGCCUCUCUUUGAGCUUGCUUGGUCGUCGUGUACUUGGCGCUGCCUCUCACAAUACCGUAUCAAGCGUUGAAUUCUUUCUUUAUGGUUUGCAUGCAUUAUUCAAAGGUGAUUUUAGAAUUACAUCUGCUCGAGACGAAUGGGUUCUGCAUGACAUCGACCUGUUAAAUACUGUCGUUGCAAAGGGAGUUCGUAUGGCUUUGAAAUUACAUCAGGACCACUUUAUGAGUCCUGAUACGUACGACGAGGCUUCAGCUUUGCAUGAAGCAAUAGUAAGUCAUGAUCGUAAUCUUGUCAUAAGCCAUGAAGCCGAUCCACUUUGGCGAAAGGCUAUUUUAAGUGGAGCUCCUAGUUUGUUGGCCCUCCGGCAUGUGAUGGACGACGGUAUCGAUGAAUAUAAAGUCAUCAUGCUGAACAAACGUUUUCUUAGUUUCCGGGUAAUUAAAAUGAACCGUGAGUGCGUUCGCGGUUUAUGGGCUGGUCAACAACAAGAGUUGAUUUAUCUUAGGAAUCGCAAUCCAGAAAGAGGCUCAAUACAGAAUGCCAAACAAGCAUUGCGAAAUAUCAUUAAUAGUUCUUGUGACCAACCUAUUGGAUAUCCAAUAUACGUUUCUCCUCUGACGACUAGUUACGCCGAAACAAAUGAACAAUUGUGUUCAGUGAUUGGCGGUCCAUUGAGUUUUAGCUCGAUUAGGAACAAUCUUUUUAAAUUAUGGAGAAGAGUUCGACGGAGAUGCGGGCAAGGUUGUUCAUCUGGGGGAACUGGCUCGCACGAUGAUGGGGGUUUUGGAAAUGACGGCGUAUAUGCAAUGACUACAUACAAUGCACAUACAGGUUACGGACAACCAGGGCACAAUGCCUCUGGAUCGCAAUCAAUGGAAUCUGGUUGCCAAAUUGGGGGUUCCACGACAGGUCGCAGUUCCCUCAGUAGAGGUAAUACUAGUUCAGUUGGUGGUUGUCGAGGUUCUUUAGCUUCAAUGGGAAAACCAACGAGCUCAACAUUAGCUAGUUUAGCUGGUCUAUUGAGUAAUACAGACGUAAAAGUAGAUGCCAAAAGCAGUGAGACAAGUUUUACGACCAAAGUCGAAAAGGAGGAAGUCUUCCAACGGGUUCGAAUCAUGGAUCCGAAUCAUGUGUACGAUGCAAUUAAUCUGGGCCGUCGUAUUGAUGUCAUUUGGCCCGACGAAAAAAUGCGCCAAAUGGGUGGCCGUUCGGGGUGGCUUAAUUGGGUACCCGAACGUGGUAUGGAGGGUUGCGUAGUUCAUCGUUGGUCACCAAAUCAUAGGGAUCCUAACAGGCGCUCGCACGUUGACAAGGUCAUUUUGCUUGUUAAAAUAGACGAAAAAUACGUGCCCAUUGCUGAGCAAGGUGUGCGGGAUCUUGGCGCUGAAGUUUAGUAUAAGAUUUCCCUUUUGAGUAUUAGCUAUAGCUUACUUUGAGAAAAGUGGAUUCUUAAUUGUCCUCUUUUCUACCUUAUAAAAUUGUAAAUAGUUCAGUCGGUUGCAACAUAUACAGAACUUAAAUUAGAUUUAAAGGCUUGUGGAAAACAUGAAUUUUAAUUCAUCGCACUGUUUCAAAGCGGCUCGUAAAAUUGUAAUGAAUUUAGCACAUACCAAAUAAUCAUUUAAAAUGACUUUUCAUAGGUCAAUUUAUGAGCUAGGAUGAUUAUUUACAGUUAGCUAUCUUAUAGAAAUCUAAAAAAUUAUUUUUUAAGUCAAAAACAAGUGAUAGUCUUAAUGUGAUAUGAAAACCAUGAUCGUUAUCGUGUACAGUUAAACGUUAAAUAUUUCAUACAUAUUGCAUUUAAUAUACUUUGUCCUUGAAAUGUUAUAGUUGUUAAACAAAUUAUACUAAAUGCAAAAAAUCUAUAUAGAAACUGCAUUCAAAUAUAUUCAAACUCAAAUCUCAAUAAUUGGCGUAAUUGAACAAAAAUCGAAAAUAAGCAACCACUGUGUAUAAUUAGCACCGAUGAUUAAGAAAAUCUUAAGGAAGUUAAGAAAAUAUUUUCAAUAAAAUGAUCUACGGAUCUACGCUCCGUGGUUGUUUUGUAAAAUAUCAAAUUAGAUAUUUAGUAUUAAAAAUAAUAAAUCUACCGAAAAUGGUAAAAAUUUGUUAGUUAUGUCACGGUUGAUCUUGAUUGCACUUAAAUGUUCAAUAGACAGUUUUUACGAACAUGGUAUCUUUUAAAUGAUUGAUAGUAGUAGCUACCGUUAAAUUACUAAACAAACUUGGCAUCGUAAUAUGUUUUUGUAAUAAUUAUUGCUGCAGCAACGAAUGACAAUGGUUGAAUAAUGUAAAUAGAGGGUAUGAUUGUGAUUUUCUAUACUUUUGUUACUUUUUUAAAUGCCUAAUAAAAAUAUAAAAUCCAUCCGUUUCUGUAAAUAAAGACGAUUUGAAAAACGGAAAAUCUGUUAUGAAGAUAAAUGUUUAGACGAUACUGUGUAAAAACUAGAAGAAAAAUUCAGGUUCUUCAUACAUAUCGGUGCUUUUGAAUGUUAGAAUGCUUCUUUUUUGCAUGAUAACUUGGAAUUGUCUGUUAAAAGUAUAAGCAAAUGAUUAUCCAUACUUUUGCUCAAGCUCACAGAUAUUUUCUAGAAAAUUUCUACGCAUAGUACAGAAAUAUUAUAUUAUUGGUCUGUUUUCGACGCACACAAAACAUCUAAAAUUGGCUUCGUUGAAUCAAACUUUCAAGUGCUCUCAAAAUUAUGCGAUAUUCUAUUUUCAAUAACAUUGUUUUUUGUUCUAAUCUUUGGUCUUAAAAUUAUUUCAAUGACAGGACGAUAAUUAAUUUGUUUUAAUUAAUUAUAUCAAUUAAAAUUGGUGGAAGAAUUACUGAAAACAGAUAGAUGUUAUAAAAUAAAUGUAACAAAAAUAGUUUGACCAAAAAAAUUUACAUUAAUAUGUGCUAUUUAUAAAAAAAAUAAACAAAAUAACACAGCCAGCGUUAAGUCGUGACAUGGCCUUAUAUGACGGUGUGCAUCACCUGACUGAAUAACGGAAAUAUAAAUUAUAUAUAUUUAUACAUAUUAAUUGGAUUAGCUAGUCUUUUAACUGAAGAUAUGAGUACUACUACUGCUCGCUGCCAAGAGAACAGUUGAGUCUGAUUAUCCGGAGAAAAUAAUAUGUAAUUGAAAAAUUAAUAUCAAUUGUACUGGUAUUUCAUUUUUACUUGAAGGACAAGAACUAUCUUAUAGGUAAAUGAUCAACAAUAUUGCGUACAAAAAAUGUAUGACUAUAUAUAUCUUUUUAAUCAUGCAAUGAUAAUCGUUAUUGUUGAGAUUUAUAAAUAUCUACUUUUACUUCAUACGAAAAUUGAAUUAAGUGUAUGGAAAAGUAAAUCAAAUAUUGAAUCUAAAUCAUGCAUUUACUAUAAUUUCAAACAUCGGUAAUUUCUUCCAUUACUUCUGAACCAUUAUUGUUGUUAAUAUUCUAUUUCAAAUCAUCAGUGCAAGCCGUUAUUUACGUACAAAAGUUUACAAGUAUAAUUUUUUACUUGAAGUAUUGAAAGGUUCUCGAGUCUCUAAAGAAGAAAAUCAUUUUAAUUACGUCUUCUUAGAAUUCUACUUCAAAUUCAUCCAAAAAAACUAGGUGAAAGUCUAAAAAAAAUGAAGAGAAGACAAUCACUAAGUUUUUCCGAAAAAUAUUCUAUGAAAAUUUGGAAAAGUGUGUUUGAGAAUCUUCAUUUUUGCUUAGGCUUCAGAAUUAUCUCUAAGAAAAACUCAAUACUCGAAUAUGACGUUAGAAACUUUUACCUUAUGUUGAUAUGCAGGGAAUAUUCCUAAUAGUUAAUGUUUGAAAUCCCAGCGUUUAUAAUUGGUAAAAAAGCUUUUAGCUUUUAUAAUUAGCACUGAUGUAAACAGUCUGCAUAUAAAUGCAAUAGAAAAUUUUGAUGAUCUAUGGAAUUGUUAAAGUUUAUUAAAUUCAAGAAUCUCUAAUUUCAAAGGCGUGCAUCUUGAUUGAAUUCAGAACUCUAUAAACCUUGUUACAAUCAUUUGAACAAUUUCUGCCAAUGUACACACUGCCAUGUGAUUCAUCUUAUAUAAAGCGGUAUUUUUUAAAUAUACUAAUUAAACCAAAUUACAAAUCUUAGUAAAAUAAAAGUUCCGUUUUUAAUAAAAAUCAACUUAUAAACUUAACGCGCCAAAUUGAUUAUCGGUAAUAAAAAAAUAUAUGACACUCAUUGUGUUUCUAUUGGUAAAAGUUUAAUGUAAAGUAUUGAAAUGCUGUAAUUCAGAUUUUUUUUAUCAAAAAAUUGUGUAUCAUCGCAUAUAGUAUAAUAAUGUAAACUACACAGAGAAAUCUAACAAGGGUUAACUAUGAAAAUUGCUAUGAUAAAAAAUAUUAAUUAUAAAUAAAAAUGAGUUACUUUUUUAAAAAUGUACUUUAAUUUUUAUUAAACAACAACCUUGCUUAUAGUACAUUAUGAUUUUCAUACAUGUUACUUUAUUUGUGGCUAAUAAAGGCAUUUGAGCAUCA